UGUCCCCUCCUCUCCUCUUAAGUGUUUAUAAAAGCAUGAACAGGAUCAUGAGAUCUUCAAGACUAACAAUGGAGGAUGCAGAUGAUGAUGUUGCUGUCAUUGGGAUAGGAUGCCAUUUCCCUGGAGCGGACAGGUUUGAUAGGACUUCCUGGUAUGAUCCUGAUGACAGGAAACCUGGAAAGACUCAAACCACCAAAGCUGCUUUUAUAGACGGCUUUAAUGAGUUCGACCACAAGUUUUUUGGCAUCGCGGAGGCCGAGGCGGAUGUCAUGGACCCCCAGCAGAAACUCCUCCUUCAGUGCGCCUACAGGGCACUAGAAGAUGCCGGCAUCCCCAUGGAGCGAGCUAGUGGAAGCAGAACUGGAGUUUAUAUCGGUCUUAUGAACAGAGACUAUGAAAUGCUCCGAAGUAACAGCGCUGACACUAUAAGUCACUACAACGCCACAGGGACGGCCAUGAGCGUCGCCGCCAACAGAAUUUCCUAUGUUUUCAAUCUGACCGGUCCCUCUUUCGCCAUCGACAGUGCUUGUUCCUCAUCCUUGGUGGCGCUACACAUAGCUUGCCAGGCUUUAAAGCAAGGAGACUGCGACAUGGCUCUAUGCGGAGGGGUCAACUGCAUCAUAGAGCCCAGAGUCUUUGUUGCCCUCAGCAAGGCCAAGAUGAUCUCACCAGAAGGUUCUAGCAAGCCUUUCUCCAGCAGAGCGGACGGCUACGGCAGAGGAGAAGGCUGUGGGGUACUUCUACUUAAACCACUCAAAAAUGCGCUACAAGACGGCAACCACAUUUGGGGCAUCGUUGCCAAAACAGCCAUCAAUCAAGACGGACAAUCCGUGUCACCAAUCACGAAGCCCUCCUUGCAUCAACAGGAAGAGCUACUACAGACAAUUUACUCCCAGUGCGACCUCGCCACUGUCCAGUACAUCGAGGCUCACGGAACUGGAACCCCGGUCGGCGAUCCGACAGAGGUAGCUAGCAUCUCAAACGUCAUCGCUCAAGCCAAAAAUCGGGGUCCAGAGACUCUGUGGAUCGGUUCAGUUAAAGGGAACAUCGGACACACUGAAUCUGCAGCAGGGGUGGCCGGUGUCAUCAAGGUGCUCCUAAUGAUGAAGCAUCAGACCAUUGUUCCCUCGGUUUUCUACUCCCAAGAAAGUUCUAUCAUAGACAUGAAGAGAAUAAGUGUUCCCACAAAAGCUGAGAGGUGGAGGACCAAUGGGAAGCGGGUAGCUGGGAUAAACAGUUUUGGCUUUGGAGGCACAAAUGCUCAUGUCGUUGUAAGAGAGCAUCAAGAGGCCAUUGGACCUGCACCAAUCCCAAAAAACGGUCCUAAAAUGUUCAUAACAUCUGCAGCUUCUGAGAAAUCCUUGAUUCAAACCCUUGUUGACACACAACAUAUGCUUCUCAGCGGCCGAGCAGCUGACGUGCAGGCUUUAUGCUACACAUCAGCUUGUGGGAGGAGCCACUGGAAGCACAAAUACCGGAAAGCGAUGCUAACAUCUUCUCUAUUGGAUUUGCAGCAUCAGUUAGCAGUAAAAGAAGAAGUAGCGUGGACAAAGUCAGACAGAGAGGUGGUGUUUGUGUUUAGCGGAAACGGUGUUGCAUUCAAGGGUAUGUGCAAAGAGCUUUUUAGGAAUGUUCCUGUCUUCCAAGACAAGGUGAAAGAAGUGGAGGCCCUUUUUCAGAAACAUAAACGCAUCACAAUAAGCUCAUGGCUUGACGGUGAUGACUUAAGCCAGCCAGAUGUUGUCCAACCACUACUUUUCACCUUUCAGGUAGCCAUAGCAUCCUUGUUGAAGCACUGGGGCAUCCAACCUGACACGGUGCUCGGACACUCCUUGGGAGAAGUCGCUGCCGCUCACUGCUCGGGACUCCUGUCUCUGGAGGACGCGGUCAAAGUGGUUUACCUGCGUAGUAGUCUUCAAAGUAUUGUCGCUGUUGGGAAGAUGCUAGUCGUUAGCAAUGUUGCAGUAGAAAAGGUGUUAAGAAUCCUUCCAGAUUUCUCUGGAAGCGUUUGCGUGGCCGCCUUCAACAGUCCGGUGUCUUGUACUUUGUCAGGAGAUGCAGACGCUGUAGAUGUCCUCCAUGAGAAGCUGAAGAUGAUGUAUAUGCAUGAGAAUAUCUUUCUCCUUAUCUUAGAUGUUCCGGCAGCUUAUCACAGUCAUUUAAUGGAUCCAAUCGUUGAAGAUGUUCAGAGAACUUUAGAUGGUUUGGUUGUCAACGAGUUGGAGUGUAAACUGUUUUCCACACUGACAGGGAAAGAGUGUGAGGAUGGUGACUUUGGAACAGGCUCCUACUGGGCAAAGAACAUCAGGAAACCAGUUCUGUUUCAGCAAACCCUGCAUGCAGUCGCCAAAAAUAAGCUUCCGGAGAGGAACAUGGUCUUUGUGGAGAUUGGACCACGCCGAGCUCUCCAAAGAAACAUACUGGAGACACUAGGGAAGGAAACGAUAGUUCUUUCCUCUGUGGAACCACAAAGAGAAUAUGAAAUUAUGUUGUCCACAGUGGGAAGACUAUUUGAGUUGGGCAUCAACGUUCACUGGCAGGAGAUCUACAGAGGUUAUGAAACGCUACCCACAGCAUUCCCGAUUUAUCAUUUUGAUAACACAAAGAAGGAAAUUCAUUUUGAGGAUGUCAGGAAAGGAGAAUCAUCUUCUCUUUCGCCACAUUUGCUCAUAUUCCCGACGGAGCAGAACAACGAAUACAAGUGCAACCUCUCGGUGGAGACUGUGGCAUAUCUCUGGGAGCACAAGCACAACGGUGUCUCCAUCGUGCCCGGUGCUUUCUACGUGGAGCUGGUGUUCACCUCUUUGAUGGCGCAUUUAAAACCAAAGAAGCCCGUCUCCUUCGUCCAGAUCAGUGUGAUAUUUCACAAGCUGCUUCGUGCUGACAACCACCAGCUGAAAGUGACAUUUGUUGAAAAUGAAUUUACAAUAUGUUCCUCUGCCGCCACUCAUGCCUCAGGUACAUUUAAGUGCACAGAGGGUCCGGCUUUCAUAGAGGAACCCAGAAUUAAUCCAGAGAGGAUCUUAAAAAGAUGCACUUUGGUCGUAAAAACAAAUGAGAUCUACUCCAUUCUUUCCAAAGCGGGAUUUGACUAUGGCUCUGUGUUCAAACAACUUCACGAUGUGUAUUUUGGGGAUGAAUUCAACGAGGUACUGACAAGACUUCAACUACCCAAAGAACUCCUCAAGGAGCUUCACAACUGCGUCCUCCACCCUGUGCUCUUGGACUACUUCAUGCAAAUGACUGCAGUGGUAGCCAUGAGGAGUCUCACAACCAAGCAAGGAUUCCCUUCCAUGAUUGGCAGUCUUGUCAUUUCAGGACCACCGCAAGAGGAUAUGUUUAUUUACAUGCGGAUAACGCAAGAAACUCCAAGUUUCCUUGAAGUGUGCGGUUGUUUUGCCAGCACAGGUGGAGAAGUACUUGUAGAACUUAAAGAUGUAAAGAUCACGUUCAUGGGUGGUUGCUCAUCUUCUUCUCAGUCACUGUUAUUCCACAAUGAAAUCACUCCCAUCCCGGUUGAGACUAAUUGUGAUGGGAAGAUAAGAGCAUUGGUUCUUGCGGACAAGCUGGGCAUCGCUGAAGCGCUUAGUCCAUACUUGCAUCCCGAGUCCCUCACAGUGGAGGACACAAGCCAACUCAGACAUGUAGUUCGAAAUUCACUUAGCAAUUUUAGAGAUGUUCUCUUCAUUUGGGCCGCAGAUGAUCUUAGUAACUUAUCACCUGAUAGGACACUGGAGCGCUUGGUGACUAGCUGUGAGUUAUUCCGACAGGUUCUUCUAACCUUGAAAGAGGGCAAUUAUUCUUGCACUGUCCGUGUUAUUACCUACAGGUCCUCAGAGAAGAUGGUUGAUUGUUUAAGUUCUGGUUUUGUGCUGUCUGGUAUGACAAGAGCUUGUGCAACGGAGAUAUCUGGUAUGUCUUUACAGCUGAUUGAUUUGACAUCGCUAACCAGAGAAGACACUGAAUGUCUCGUUGGCGUCAUUAAUGGCUGCAAAGAACCAGAAGUCAUUAUUGGUCAAGGGAAAGCGUCCACAGUAAAGACAACUUGUACUCCCACGGUGGACAGAGUGUCUUUACAAAGUGACAGACGCUCAGUGAAAGAUUUUGUCCUGCAGAGUAGUCGUCCGUACAAAGUGGAAGGCGUGACAGCCGCCCCAUGUGACUUGAAUGAGGGCUCAGUCCCACAGGGAUCUGUUGAGAUUGAGCUAACAAACGUUUGCGUGUAUUCGUCUGAUUACUUCCCCGUUACCGUUUCACACUUGCAAUUCGGGAAGACGCUGUACUGGAACAAUCGUGCUGCACAUCACCACGCACUUCUGGCUCUGGAUUUUAGCGGCAUCGUGACCGCUGUUGGGAAAAAUGUUUAUGGCGUAAAAGCGGGUGACCGUGUUGCAUCAUGUUAUCCAACUGUGGCCACAGCGAGGGUUGUCGUUCCUGAUUCUCUGUGUUUCGACAUUAAGACACUCCCGUUUCUGGAGGAAUCUCCAAUUGUGUCUUACUUCAUCCUGGCAUGGGAGAUCCUGACGAGAGCCCUUCCGACUGUGAAAGCACAAGAACAGAACAAACUGGCAAUCAUCACGCCAAACUUAGCUUCUGUGUUUAUGAAAAUAUUAGCGUUGACCGCAAACCGAUCAGGUUGGAAUGUAUCCUGUUUACCGCGUUUGAUGACGGAUGCUACUGAACCAUGCCGAGCUUUUGUUUUCCUGCCUCCCGUCGAUAACUCCUGGACGGAACUACAAGAUAACGACGACCAUGAGAGACAUGUUGUACUCAUGAAUAACACACACAUGUCGUCUUCAUGCUGGGGUGCGUUCAAGAGCAUCCGUAUGCAUAUUCUAGAUGUGACUUGUGUCCUUCAAAGAUCUUACCUCAAGGUGCACGGCGGCGCCAUCUUCAAGUGGCUCACAUGUCUUGGCUUUGAGAGAGCAUCCUUACCUAUUAAAAGCGAGACAUUUCAAACUUCACACAAAGCAGAAGCGCAGACUGAUGACUCUUACUUUGCCACAAAGGUAGUACGUCAAGUUAUUUUGCAACAUAGCUACCCAGUGUCUGAUAUUCGUCUGUUGGCCAGGCCGAGGCAACUCUUCAAAAAAGAUAACGUUUACAUCAUCACUGGAGGGCUCACCGGAUUGGGGUUUCAGACAGUGAAGUUCAUUGCCAGCAACGGUGGUGGUUGUAUCGUAACCCUCUCCAGACGCACGCCAACACAUGAAACACAAUCUGAACUGGAUCUCAUGCAAAGAAGAUAUGAUGUUGUCAUCAUGAGCGUACAGUGUGACGUUUCUGUGCUGCAGCAGGUGGUGGACGCCAUAUCGGAGAUUGAACGAAGAUUCAGUUCUUGUCCCAUUAAAGGGGUGUUUCAUAGUGCUGCGGUACUCCACGAUGCAUUCAUCGACACCCUAAAUAAAGCGCUCCUGCUGAAGGUACUGCAGCCGAAAGUGAGUGGAGCCUUAAAUCUUCACCAUGCAACGCUUUCAAAGAAACUUGACUAUUUUGUGUGCUAUUCGUCCAUCUCUUCAAUCAUCGGAAAUGAAGCCCAGUCUAACUACGCAGCUGCAAAUUCAUUCCUGGAUGCCUUCUGUCAUUACCGCAGAAACCUCGGCUUGGCUGGACAGUCCAUCAACUGGGGGCCAUUGAACCUCGGCCUCCUGUUCAACAAACAUCAUAUCCAAAAUCUGCUGCAGGCUAAGGGAUUGACAGUUAUGGAUGUGUGCGACUUUCACAGAGCCCUCACAGAGGUUCUACUUGUGAACAAACCUCAGCAGCUCGUAUGCAAAUUGACAUUUAAAAACAGUCUUUCACAAAACAACUUACUAAAAGAACAACUGUAUACCUUAGCAGAGAUUAAGGACAACAUGGUGAGCGGUGAGCUGGGACUUCCACAGGGGUCUUGCCCACAAGGAAGCGUGAGACGUAUCAUCAGUGAUGUAAGCAACUAUGAGGAAGAGGAACUGGAUGAUGACGUCACUCUGGGAGCACUGGGCGUCGACUCCAUGUUGGCCAUGACCCUGCAGAGUCAGAUAUAUAAAGAGACAAACGUUCAUGUACCUUUGGUCAGGAUACUGGAGCCGAAUACUACAGUGGCUACUUUGGAAACACUGGUGAUGAAUAUUAAUAUCAUGUGAUACGUAUAUCAGAACAUUGCAACACCUUCACAUUCUUGUCUGAUACCUGUUGGCAAGUGCAAUGAAAGACAAGGACAGUGUUACCAUGACUACAAUCAGACAUUUAUUUCUGCCGCAUUGUAAUAAAAAGUGCUUAAAUGUUAACACUCUAAGAGUAUAUAACAUUUAUUGAGUGUUACAAUGGAAAAAUGUUUCACACAACACAACCAUAAUACAUAACUGCGCAAUGUGAGUGCUUUUUAUUAGCAUGUUUUACAGUCCAUAGUUGGUGUCUAUUGUUUGAUCAUCCCCAUAAAGCCAAUAAAUAUCAUCAAUACUGAUAAGAAUGAUCACCUGCAGGACACGUGAAUGAUGAACAGGUUAAAAAAAAAGUCUGUUAUCUCCACAGAACCUUCAGACCUUGACAUAAUCACAACAAAGUCAGUCAGGACACACUGUAUACUGAAAUAUUCCACAUAUCAACAGUGAUCAGGUUUAAAAUCUGGUGGAAAGCGCGCUUGCAUCAGUUGAGAGUUCAUUAUUAGUUCCGUCUUCGGUUGUUUCGCUCAAGAUGGCUACCACUGUUGACAGUGUGGCGUUAGGGUCCAACAGUUUCACCAAAGGCACGUUGACGCCUCGGUCCUGAUAGAUGAGGUUUUGCAGCGUCAUGGCCUGCAUGGAAUCGAUACCGAGUGUCGAGAGCAGAGUGUCGUCUUUUACUUCGCCCACCUCCAAGCCAAUGGUUUUCACGAGCAAUGAAACAAUGUAAUCCCUGGCUGGGACUUCUUCAGUGUUUUUAUUUUCAGAGUCCAACUGUCUGGACUUUUGGAAGGCUUGCUCGACCAGCGCAGACAGCCUCAUGGUCAGAGAUACAUUCUGAGAGAGGACGUUGAAGCGGAUGUUUCUGAAGUGAAAGCGGCACACGGCCUGUUGGGGUUGGUUGAUGAGCAAACAUUGCUCCAGGCUUUUGUGGAUCUCGGCCACCUUCAGCACCAUCAUGCCCUUGGCCUCCAGGAACCGAUGAAACACCUCUUUGUUCAGGAGGAGUCCAAGGUUCAAAGCUCCCCAGUUGAUGGACUGUCCAGGUAGGCCGAGCUUGCGCCUGUACUGACAGAACAAGUCCAGGAAAGUGUUUGCUGCUGCGUAGUUUGUUUGUGAUGCAUUUCCCAGAAAGCCUGAUAUGGAGGAGUAACAAACAAAGUAAUCUAACUGGCAGCUCAGUGUUGCAUGGUGCAAGUUAAGCACACCAUUCACUUUGGGCUUGAGAACUUUCUCAUAGAGGGAUCUGUCAAGAGCUUCAAUGAGCCCGUCAUGCAAGACCACUGCGCUAUGAAACACUCCUCUGAUUGGACAGCCUUCAAAUUUGAGCUGGAUGGCAUCCACAACUUUGUGCACCUGCUCAGACACUGAUAUGUCGCACUCCAUGCUAACAAUGCUGUUCCCACACUGUUUCUCUACAUUGCCAAUCGCUUGCUGCAUCUCUGCUGAGGGCUUGCUCCUGGAAAGGAUGACGACGAACUCACCUCCCUUUUGUGAGAUGAACUUGACCGUUUCAAAGCCCAGCCCGGUCAGACCGCCUGCUACGAUGUACACUGAUUUCUUUCGGAAAAGCUGCUUUUUCGUGGGCAGCAGCGGAAUGUCUGAUAUUGAUGUGGAAUGUCCUUUUUCUAGAGCCACGACAGCCAGGCUCUUUGUACUGAAGUAGGAAUCUGAAUAAAGGUUGCUGAUUUUUUCUGAUGUGACACUCUGAAAGGUGACACUUGCGAGGAAAAAUUUCUUAGUCAGGUUCAGAGACUUGAGCCACUGAUAAACACGGAGCCUUCGAGCACUCAGAGAUCCUUUUUGCAGAAUGACUGGCAUGUCAACUGUCUGCACAUGGACACUUUGCUGGAAAACCUGAAGCAGAUCCUGGGCAACCAAAGGCUGUGUUUGGGACUUACGGACAAGGACAACAUUCUGGACAGCAUGAGAGUUAGAUAUUUUAGCCAUCAAGGAUUUGUCAUAUGGAGGCAGGAUAAUGAUUGCAUCCAUUUGAUUGGCAUUUAUAAAGGAAUCAUUGCACUGUGUUCCAACAAGCACGUUCCACCCUAACUUCUGAGAUGCAAGCGCCAAAACCUUGACCAGAGCUGAAUCACGAACAGAAGAUAUAAUGCCCAAGUUUUGCUUUGCUCUUGGCAAAACGCGAUGCAAUAUCUCCCAUGCCAGAACAAAGUAGGACACACAAGGUGUUGACUGAAGGAAGGGAAGGCGUUUGGUGCUGUAGCAGACAUCUUGUGGGACCCUCACCCUAUUGGCUGCCACCACAGGGUAACAGGAAGCCACAGAAUCUCCCACUUUUAAUUUCCUGACCUCCUUUCCGACCCUUGUAACAACACCACUGAAGUCAAGCAUGAGUAGCUUGUGGUUCUGGGAAGAGUGCUGGUUCCAGUACAGCGUCUGACCAAAGUUCAGAUGUGAGGCACUGACAGGGAAGUAAUCCGACGAGUGGACACACAUAUUAGUGGGCUGAAUUUCAACACAAGUAUCACUUAUUGUCUCUUCCUCAUUGUCAAAAUGGACAGCAGUAAGCCGGCUCAUUGUAAAGGCAUCUGCAGUCUGAAGGAUGCAAGGUUCACAAGUGCUGGAGGUAAAACUCCCUGCAGAGUUUUCAAUUAAUUCAGGAGUGGUACGCUCAAUGGAAGGUUUGAGAAUGACCCCGUCUUUCACCACCAGUUCUGGGUACUUGCUGCAAGGGUAGGCUCGUAGGACCUCAGACAGAGCUGUGAUAUCCUUAGCAGAGACAGAGCUUAUGUCAACCAACUGGAAAGAAAGCUCUGGUAUCUCAGCAGCAAAAGAGCGAGUCAUGCCAACGAUGGCAAAGCCUGGAUUGACGUGAUCGACUGUGAGAUCAGAUGAACAGUAUGUUACUGCUCGGAUGGAAUUUGGAAAGCGAAUUCGCUUGAGCUCUACGACAAUUUGCCGGAAGGUUUCGCAGCAGUUGGCCAGAUUCUGCAGGACGACAUCGGGUGUGAGUGAGUCAAAGUUCUCUUUGCCCCACAAGAACAAGACCUCAUCAAAGUUGUCCGCAAUGUCUGUGAUAUUGAGGUUUGCCAAGAGCGCCGGAAAGCCACUGCUCAAGAUCUCUUUAGCAUAUGUAAAGGAAAUGUAGCGAGAUCUGGAGUCCAAGUGUUGCUGUAGACAUUUUGAGAUUCCUAUGCGGUCCGAGAACACCAAGGCCUUAGGAGGUGGAUCAUUUGUAAUCCCCUCGGGAAUUACGCUGAAGUGGUUAUGAUAGAAGUACUCCUCAACCACAUGAGAACGACUGCCAAGGUAUUUGAUUAACACAUGCUUCACCUCAACCAAGACGUUGCCAUCUCUAUCUGCAAAGCACCCACAGACCUCAAAGUGAUCCGUACCGACAUCAGUUGCCCUCAAGUAGACAAUCAUCUCAUCUUUCAAGGGUGCUGACACCGUCAAACUUCCAAUCUUAGCAGGAAAUCCUGGUCUCCCAGCAAAAAUAUGCUCAACUGUGACUGGCAAAAGUUGCAUUAGGAAGUCCAGUAGGACGGGAUGAACAUGGUAGUCGUGCAACUGAGGCAGGAGUUCCUCUGAAACUGUGACAACAGCAUAGGCCUCUUUCAGAUCUUCCCCAUAGUGAACACUGGCCUUAUUCUGGAAGACAUCUCCAUACUGAAAGCCUCCUUGGGACAGAUAGCCAUAAAAUUCUUGAUAGGUCACCGCAGAUGUGCAGCGUUUGUAGAUGCCAUUCAGGUCAAUGUGCUGUUCUUCUACUGGUCGCUCUUUUUUCACUACGACCAUGCCUGAUGCGCACGUGGCUGAGGAUGAGAACACAGUGAAGGUGGCUUCAUUCUCUUUCUGCUCAAGCUGCACCUUCAUCUCUGGGGGAUUUGGAGUUAAGAUGAAUGGGCUGUGAAAACUGACACUAAGCUGCAGUGCGUUGAGGGGGACCUUUGGUUUUGCACAGGCCAUGAAUGCAGCCAAGCCCAACUCAGCAUAGAAGGCUCCAGGGAUGAUGGGUACACUGUUGUGUUUGUGUUCUUUCAGGUAGAAGACAGAAUCGGACACCACAUCACAGCUGAAUGUGUUCUUUUCACUUCCUGUGGCGCAGAGCACUGGGUGAUUACUGGCAGUGUUUUUCUGAGCACCUUUAAUGAUCACAUCCCUGUCCGAGAUAUCAAACUGGUAUUUUGGGAAGGGAAGUGGCACAGUCUCAUACCCUGCAUAGAAGGUGUUCCAGUCUACCUGGACGCCGACCUCAAAGAGCCUGGAAACCACAGACAAGAGUGUCUGGUGGUCUUUGUCUGGCUGCAGCGAGGCAACAACUGGUAUGUCGUUCCCCAGAGUUUCCAUGAUGUUCCUCUGGAGGGCUCUCCGUGGACCCACCUCCACAAAGACCAAACUCUUCUUGCCUCCACUAGCUGAUCUGACUGCCUGCUCAAAAGCAACUGGCUCCCGAAUAUUCCUAGCCCAAUAAUCACCUGAGCAGAAAUCCCCUCGUCGUGCCUCCUCACCUGUCACUGUUGAGAAAAGCUGUGUGCUGAGCUCAUUCUCUUCCAAGGAACCG